CGAUUCUCCCCCUCCUCUCAGCUCAGCUCAGCUGAGCUCAGAAAGCUGCAAGCCCUCCCCUGCUCCCUCCUGAUGAUUGUUGUUAUGCGUUGUUGUGUUUUGCCGGAGGAACGAAUCCAAAUUAAAGUUUCAGUACGGUUAUCCGCCGAUGACCGGUGAGUAAGCUACGAGCGAGCACAGGCCCAUCCUCCACUCGUUCGUGGGAGUGACAGAAGGCCUCCUCUGUUUCAACCCCACCGACUCCGCGGCCGCCACGCUAUAUAGAUUCAUCCGACCGGGGCCGCCGACAAGGCCGAGGCCGACAAUCAGGCCAGGGCCUAGCUCCUCGUUUGAAACGAUCUUAUGAUUGGUGAGACGGCAUGCGUGUCGAUGAGAGGCGAGUCGAAUGGUCUGAUAGAAUCUUUGAAAGGAUAGGAUGAUCGAGCACUAAGGAGAGUGAUCGACUCUGACUGGCUCCGGAUACAUAUGCGAUUGAAUGGGGGGACGACGCUUUGAGAAUUGAAAAACUCUUAUACAUCAACAUCAAGCGAAGCGGACGCACCACUUCCUAACAACAGAGACGACCAAAAACGACCAGGAAUAAAAUCUAAGUUUGAUACGAGGGGGAAACCUUUAACACACAAUGGAAUCUAAGUGAUCAGUCUUCUUACGAUGAUUACUGUCAAACAAUUAAUGGUAGACCAAUCCACCAACACUCUCGACGACUCUGCCUUUAUAUAUAUCUCCCUCGCUCGCUUCCCCUUCACUGCCAUAUUCUCUGCUCUACCUCUCUCGCUGAUCCAUUCCCCCCUCAUGACCAUGCAAAGCUGUUUCAUUCGACUCUUUGUCGUCGUCGUGGUACUCCUUGGCAGCGUUACCAUGCACGUCUCCGACCCUGUCUUACCCUCGCCGCCGCUCGAGGCCCUCCGCCUCGAAGGCAAAUUGAGCUUCGACGACGGGCACCUAGCCGCCAAGGACUUCGGGAACCGGUACCGGCUAUUGCCGGCGGCAGUGGUGCACCCGGCGUCCGUCUCCGACGUCGCUUCCACUGUACGGCACGUGUUCCGGCUGGGGCCGAGCUCGAAGCUGACGGUGGCGGCCCGCGGGCACGGGCAUUCUCUUCGGGGACAGGCGCAGGCCGACGGUGGGAUCGUGGUGCGAAUGGAGUCGCUCGGCGGCGGGACGCGGGUGUCGCAUCGCGGAGGGCAGCCUUACGCGGACGCCUCCGGAGGAGAGCUGUGGAUCAACGUGCUGGAGGAGUGUUUGAAGCAUGGGCUGGCGCCCAAGUCGUGGACCGACUACCUCCACCUCACUGUUGGAGGAACGCUAUCAAACGCCGGAAUCAGUGGCCAAGCUUUCCGGCACGGCCCCCAGAUCAGCAAUGUCAACCAACUCGAGAUCGUCACAGGCAAAGGAGAGGUGAUGAAUUGUUCCGAGGAACAGAAUGCUGAUCUCUUCCACGCUGCUCUCGGAGGUCUGGGUCAGUUCGGAAUCAUUACCAGAGCUCAGAUUGCACUGGAACCAGCUCCAGAGAUGGUGAGAUGGAUUAGAGUAUUGUACUCUGACUUCGCUAGCUUUACCGAGGACCAGGAAAUGCUGAUAUCGGCGAAGGAGACCUUCGACUACAUCGAAGGCUUCGUCAUCAUCAAUAGAACAGGACUUCUCAACAACUGGAGAUCAUCAUUCGACCCACAGGAUCCUGCCCGAGCAAGCCAAUUUGAUUCCGAUGGCAAGAUCUUAUUCUGCCUCGAAAUGACUAAAAACUUCAACCGACAUGAAGCUGAGAGCAUGAGCCAAGAAGUCGAACAUCUUUUGUCUAAGCUGAGAUACAUACAAUCCACGCUUUUCCAAUCGGAGGUCUCCUAUUUGGAGUUCUUGGAUAGAGUCCAUGUGUCGGAAGUGAAGCUGAGGUCCAAAGGUCUGUGGGAGAUCCCACAUCCAUGGCUCAACCUCUUCGUACCACGAACCAGAAUCAAAGAUUUUGCAGAGGGAGUCUUUGGCAAAAUUCUCACAGACAGCAACAAUGGCCCCAUUCUCCUGUACCCACUUAAUCGAUCGAAAUGGGAUAACAGAACAUCGGCAGUGAUACCGGACGAAGAGAUCUUCUACCUGGUGGCCUUGCUGUCCUCAGCGCCAUCCCACGGCAGCUUAGAGCGAGCACUGAAACAGAACAGUGAGAUCGUAGACUUCUGCAACAAGGCAGGAAUCAAAAUGAAACAGUACUUGCCCUACUAUACGACGCGGGAAGAGUGGAACGGGCACUACGGUGACAGGUGGAAGACGUUUGGCCAUAGAAAACGCACAUAUGAUCCCUUGGCUAUUCUCGCUCCUGGACAGAGAAUAUUUCGAAAACCACUGCAGCAAUCCUCCUCCUCGUUGUAGUUAGUGAGCUAAUUAAUCUUGUACAGGAAGCUAAUUAACCUUGCUACAAUGAUCGGCAUAUAUGUUGUUGAAGGAAGGAAAGAAAAGAGGUGGGAAAUUUUGCCGAUCGAGACAAAUUCACCGGUCAUCUAUUGAACAGUUCUAAAAGGUCUGGCAUCUUACCUUUCUGACAAAAGGGAGAAAAAAAAGAAAGGGAAUUACUGUUUUUAAUGGAGCAAUAUUAUCAUUGGGCUGCUAGCUAUUGAGCUAUUAAUUUAUGAAAUCAGAUGUAUUUAAUUUGCUUUCCAAA